UUAGAUAAUAUUAAGGAAUUAUUGCUAGAAAUUUGGGUGUAAGCAUAUUAUUGUGUUUGUGUUAAAAAAAAAUACCUCCUCAUCUAUCAAAGAUAUACACAGAAAUAUUUAUGGGUGAGUUGCUAUGAUGUUUGCUCUAAAAAUGCUCCAGGAAGAAAAGUGGCACGUGUGAUGGGAUAGAUGAAACAAGAAGGACAGAGUUGGAAAAUUUUCCUAAUAAAAAAGGCAGUCUCCCAUUCUUGCCACCAAAAAGCAAAAACGUCUAUCUAUCUAUUAUCUAUCUAUCUAUCUAUCUAUCUAUCUAUCUAUCUAUCUAUCUAUCAUCUUCUAUCUAAUCUGGUCCAACCUCAGGGCAGUCCAGUAGAGAGGAAAGCUCACUGUUUUGCCUAAUUGAUACACUUAGGCUAUUAAUCUAGGUUGGGACACAGGGACCUCCCAGAUAACUAGGGGACACGGGGCACACAGAUCAAGCGACACCCACUGGACCCUAGGAGGAGGCGGGUGGGGUUGGGGUGUUGUCUCCCUUAUAGUCCUUUUGUUUGAAAUUGCCAGUCCUCCUGUUAGAGAGAGCUGGCUCGUCAGUGUCAAACGAGUGGAGGCACUUAUGUGGGCCUGUGAUGGACUGAAGAGCCCCUUCUGGUAUCCAGAACUUCAAAUACUAAGAAUCGUGUUCUAGUUAAAAUUUAGAAGGAUGGGGAAUGGAGCCUUCUGAACUGGUUCACGUUAAAGUUAUCUGCAAAUUAGGUUUUGUGAAAAACCUAGACGCUUAUAUUUUUCUGACUUUUCCAUUUCUCUUACAGCUGCCCAGUCAGGAAUCCUUGACAGAACAAUUUCUCUGAUCAUGAAGAAUGAAGCACCAACGAAGAAGUAUGAUGGCUACACGUCGUGUCCACUGGUGACAAGCUACAACCGCGUGAUUCUUGCGGAGUUUGACUACAACUUACAGCCAUUGGAGACCUUCCCCUUUGACCAGAGCAAACAGAGACUGUCCAUGUACCUCAUGAAAGCCGACAUGAUGCCCUUCCUGUACUGGAAUAUGAUGCUAAAGGGUCACUGGGGAGGACCAGCCUUUCUGCGGAAGUUGUUUCACCUGGGUAUGAGUUAAGGAUGGCUCAACCCUUGCUAUCUCUGGGCGGCUUCUGGACCAAAAUCACAGUCAGACUGGCCAAGAGCAGCACGAAGAGCUCCAGACCUAACCCUGUGAAGAGUGUAGUGCUGGAUGCUGGGUGACGGGGACUCAAGGCCUCCCUUUCAAGUCCCUCUCAACAGCCACUGUCCAGGCUGCUUGGGAUGAGCUUGGUUCCUUGGAAAUAUUAAAAUAAAGGAAUAGACUUCUAUUUUUUAACUAAAA